AUGCGAAGAGAACUAUUUCUUCAUACCUUGAAUGAUGUUAAAGCUUAUGACGACUACUUCAUCCAAAAAAGGGAUGCAACAGGUUGUUUGGGAUUGUCUUCUAUACAAAAGAUGACAAUUGCAAUACGUAUACUUGCAUAUGGUUAUGCAGCUGAUCAUUGUGAUGAGUAUAUUAAAAUUAGCGAGAGCACUGCCAUUAAAACCCUGAUGACAUUUUGUAAGGCUGUUACUAGUGUGUAUGGGGAAGAGUACAUGCGCCCACCCAACGAAGCCGACAUAGUACGACUACUUCAAGAAGCGGAGGAGAGAGGAUUCUCGGGUAUGCUUUGUUCUAUUGACUAUACGCACUUGGAGUGGAACAAUUAUCCGGUGGCGUGGCAUGGCAUGCAUAAAGGACACUCUCAUACGCCUACACUCAUAUUGGAGGUGGUUGCCUCAAAAGAUUUGUGGAUCUGGCAUGCAUUCUUUGGAAUAUCGGGUUCACACAAUGAUAUUAAUGUGUUGGAUCAUUCUCUAGAAUUCAACAGUAUCAUUACUAGCCAAAUUCUUCCGGUUAAUUUCGUUGUGAAUGGCCAUUACCAUAGAAUGGGGUAUUACCUAUUUGAUGGUAUAUACCCUAAGUGGGUAACUUUGAUGCAGACCAUCCCGUAUCCAACUAUAGCAAAAGAAAAACUUUUCGCUCAGAGACAAGAGACCUGUAGGAAAGAUAUGGAACGAGCUUUUAGGGUUUUACAGAGCAAGUGA